UUUCCGGUCUCGAUCAACAACGUCGAUUCCGAUUUGGUAGAAGGAGGAGCCAACAUUUAUCAUGUUUUUAUUAAUGUAACUAAUUAUAUAGAUAGUUAUUCAAGAUGGAGAGAGUCAGGCGGUUUGCUAUCCAGUCAAAUGCCCAUUGCAUGGAGAUGUUGUCUGAGGUACAGCCAUACUUAGUGGAGGUGGCGUACUUUUUCUUUUUUCUGUCUAGACACAUGACUUUACCGUUAUUCCAGGAGUACGUUCAAUCAGAGUUUUACAAACAAAGCAACUUAAAAGCCUCUGCAAUAGAACCAUUUUACAGUGGCAAUGGCUCAAGUCUAUAUAAUAUUGCUCACAGAGAAAGCACGUUAGCGAUCCUGAGUUUACAGAUAGCAGAGGGACUUCCUGCUUUAAUUACUGUGAUUAUCCUAGGAGCCGUCAGCGAUAGAACGUCACGGAGAAAGAUUCUGCUGUGGAUGCCCUCGCUUGGAGGAAUUCUUCACUCAUUAAUUUAUAUCUUGAUUCUGUACACUAGUUGGACAUUGGAUGGGUUAUUUAUGGCUUCAGCCCUGAGAGGGUUGAGUGGCAGUAUGACUGCAUUCUUAGCUGGGAGUACAUUUUUUGCCAUUAACACAACGCAAAGAGAAAAACGCUCAUCACGUCUUGCUAUACAGGAAUCUUUGAAUGGCAUAGCCUAUGCAAUAGCUAAUAUUAUGGUUGGCUACUGGCUACAAGCUAGUGGAUUUCACCAACCAUUUUGGUUCACACUGAUUUGUGGCUGUAUUGCUUUUCUGAUUUCAUUCUUCUUAGUAAAGGAAGUAAAAGUAGAAACAAGUAAUCCUAAUAGGUAUGACACAGAAAACUGUUGUAUAGACACGUUCAAACCUAUGGGAAAGUUUUUCAGAUGUAAAGAAAGAAAACUUCUAAUUAUGUGGCUAGCCAUUUUAGCAUUUCAAAGCUAUGCCUGGGUUCAUUUGGGACAAAUCAAUACCCUGGUUCUUUAUUUCACUGGAUCUCCCUACCACUGGCAGUCACACAAGGUAGGGGUCUUCUUGUCGGUAGCCAUGGGUGUGGCAUCGAUAGGGGUGCUGUUCACUCCCCCUGUGUUGAGGAACUGGUUCUCUGAUAUCCACAUCACAUUUGGAGGACUUUUCUCCAAGGCUGUGGGGACUCUCUGGUUAGCUGUUGUUCAGAAUGAAGUUGUUAUAUAUUUUGCAAUUUUCCUCUUGGUACUGGAGCUUAUUCCUUUCCCAAUGUUAAGAGCAGUUGUUGCCAACAGUAUAGAUACAGCUGAUCAAGGGUCCCUGUUUGCUUUGAUGCAUUGUGGGGAGGGGAUCACCUACUUCCUGGCUCCUUUCAUGUUCCAGUCCCUCUACGCAGACAGUAUUGACUACUUCACUGGAUUUGUGUUCGUCCUUUCGGUCAUUCUACUAAUCAUUCCUGUGGGAUUUGUUAUAGCUAUCAAGUUUCUGACAACAAGCCAGCCUGGGGAAUACGAAAGAAUGGAGGGGGAAACGGAGAUGACAGGAGGAGAGGAACUACCCCUCCCUACAGAUCAUGAGGAUAAGAACAUCAGUGUCAUCCCAGUCACGACCAGUGAGAACACUGAAGUCAAGACUACAGCACAACAAAAUGUCAUAAGGUCAAAGUCAUGCAAUGAGGAGGCAACAGAGCCUGUAGCUGUGUGAUCAAAAUAAGUAGAAUUUGGAACCAUUUUUUGUGAUUUCAGUUUAAAUGUGGAAAAGAGAAGUAGACACCAGCAUUACCUAUGUUUUAUAUAUCGGGUAUUGGUUAUCAACAUGGGUGUUGAUUUCUGUGGACAAUGAAUUUGGUAGAUAGAAGCAAAAUGAAAGAGAAUCUAUGUAUAAUUUGGUCAGCUUUUUGUUGUUGUAAUGUUGCUGUAAUGUUUCUGUUGUUGUCAUUGUACUAACAGUGUUGGGGGAGAAAAUAAGGACUAGUAGUUCAUGGUUCCUUUUUUUCCCUGAAGAUAAUCACUAAUCUUACAUAAUUAAGAUUAUAACUACUUAGUUGAAAAUAAUCAAAUUCUGCAGAUUUUUUUUCCAAAAAUAUGAAGAAAUUUAAUGCUGUUGCUGAUAGAAUACAUAUGUAGUAUCUGAUUUUUGACCUUGUAUAUUAAUAAUAAUAUUAAUAAUACUAUAAUAAUAAUUAAAUAUUUUAAUAAUAAUUUUGACCCUGUAAUAAUAAAUUCCAGUAAUAUGUACGCUGCAUUUCAUCUCUGGUAUUAUGCCCAGCAUUUCUGGCAUAUUUUAUUUUCAUUUCUGACACUUAUUUCUUAUUUAUUUUUUUUUUUUAAAAGUACUUUUCUGGCAAUACAGUGUUAGUCAGGUAAGUGGAAGUAGAAUAUUGAACAGUAACUAAAUAUUAAACUUAUUUUAAACACAACCAUUUCCAAAUAGAAAAGUUUACUUACAAUAUUAUGUACAAAGAGGACUAGUUAAAAGUUUGCCUGAAAUGUCCAUUGGUUUCUGUGUGUUUUUUAUUAGUUCCAUAUUUACAU